AGAAGAAGCCGGCUUGCAGUCUGAGCAUCGGGGCGAGGCCGCUGUCACUCGCCUAAACCGCGUCAAACUUGUCAUUAGCCUGCACACAUACAUAAAAAAAAAACCUGGUGCCUCUUGUGUGACAAUGGAACCUUCAGGAAAGUCUUGUUCCAGGAACCACACUCAGAAUGCAUCUGGUGAUGCAUGCUCAUGGGAAAUCAAUGACAAAGUCAGACUGUGCCGCUUCCUCUGCUAUGGCUCGGAGCAGAAAAAAUACACUGCUGGAGACGAGGGCCGUAUCAGUGUGGAAAACGCAGAAGCCCUUCAAUCGUUGCUUCAGGCUGGACAAGGCUCUGAGGUAGUGGAAGAGAUAAAGCGGUUUGCUCAAGAUGGCCGAGCCUCUAGGUUUGAGCCGUGUUUUUUUGCCUUGGCAUUGUGCUCCCAGCACUGUGAACUAAAGACCCGGCAGGCGGCCUUUAAAGCCCUGAAGGAAAUCUGCCAUGACCCUGCACAUCUGUUUACAUUUAUUAACUUCAAAACACAAUUGAAGGAGGGCAUGAAGUGUGGCAUCUGGGGUCGCGCUCUGAGACAGGCCGUGUCUGAUUGGUAUAAUGAGCAAGAUGCUGUGAUUUUGGCUGCUGCUAUGACCAAAUGUAAACAGAGGGAGGGAUGGUCUCACAGAGAUGUGCUGCGACUAUCUCACACCAAGCCAGUGCAUGAAGCUAUUGCUGUGCUCAGCAAAUAUGUGACAAAAGGGUGGGUAGAAGUGCAGCGUGCCUACAACGACAAAGAAAAUUCUGAAGAGGUUGCUAAAGUACUUGCAUAUUUGGAGGUGGUGGAGAAAGUAAAACACAGUUACGAUGAAACAGAAGUGGUUGCUUUGAUAGAGGAGCACAAACUGGAGCGGGAGAUGCUUCUGACAGACCACCUAAAGUCCAAACAGGUGUGGCAUGCGUUGUUAAAGGAAAUGCCUCUCCAAUCAAUUGUGAAGGCCUUGGGUAAGAUAGCUGUAAAUAAAGUUCUUGAGCCGGAGAGUCCAGAAACGCGGGCCUUGUGCGACAGGAUCCAGAGCGACACAGAAGUCAGAAAGUCAAAGCUUCAUCCUUUCAGCUUAUUAGUGGCCACUGAAAAGUACAAAAAAGGCCAGGGGUAUCAGGGAAAGACAAAGUGGAAACCAGACAGCGACAUCCUCAAGGCACUGGACUCUGCAUUUUACAAGAGUUUUUUGAACGUGAAUCCUGUUGGUAAACGCUUUGUCGUCGCCGUCGAUGUGAGCAGCUCCAUGAGCAGAAUUCUUAAAGGGACCUCAAUCAUCACUCCUGUCGCUGCUGCAGCAGUUGCCAUGGUCCCUGCAAAAAGCACAGACUGCACGCUCCCAGUUACUUGGGCCACGGAGAACAAAGAAGCUGUAGAUGUCUUCAUUGUUUUAACCAACAAUGCAUUUUGGCCAUUUUGCUCCAGCCCAGUGGAGAGUCUGAGGAAACACAGACAAACAACUGGCUCCACCUCCAAGUUGGUGAUUUGUGACUUGACCGCCAGCGCGAGCACGAUGGAAGACAUCGAUGACAGAGGACUGAUGAACCUCUGCGGCUUUGACCUCGGCGCUUUCAGCCUCAUCCACAACCUAGCUCUGGAUCUGAUCUGAUCCCAUCCAGUUUCACAAAAGUGCGUGUUCAGAACUCCGGAGAAGAAAAAGGAAAACACUUUUUGAGUGCCCAAAAAGUAAGAAAAGCAAAUAUGUCAUUUUUGUUGACAUUUGAAUUACUCAUGUAACAACUGGUUCUUGUGACAAUAUCCUUUUUAUAUUGUGUGAUCAACAGUGUCCAGCAGGCUGGACAGCAAAGUUAUUUGAAUUACCAGGUUUUUAUGACCACCUUUUUGACAGGUUGAACAAGGGCGUGUGGAACAGCAUCUGCCUGAUGGUAAAUAUUAGGAUACCGUCAUAUGUGUAGCAGAGUACAUAUGGAGCAGAGUUGGAAUGUUGUGACUGCAGAGCCACUGUAAGGUUAUUGUAGGACGAGUUACUAGAAUGCUUCUCUGAUAGGAUUCAGCACGUUUGUUGAGAGAAUUCAUAUUUAAUUAUGCCCUGUGGGCAAACUAGCACAUCUGUCUUGCAAGUUCAGAGCUCUUUCAAAAGAUUUGGAGUCACCGUCCUCAUUCAUGAAUUUGUUCAUGUAACAUUCAUCUAAUUAUACUAAGUUAUAGUUUUAUUAUUUUUAUUGUAGUCUGAUUGUCUAAUCCCAGAAUUGUGUGAUGUGACUAGUUCGUAUUUGUAAUCCAUUGUUUAUUUUUUGUUUUAUCUCUGAAUUUGUCAAAACACGUGGGAUAUUUGGGAGACAAUUCACGGACUUGUUUCACAAUCUCACUUCAGCGCAACAUGUGGCGUGUACUGUAUCACUUUAUACGGAAUGGGUUAAGAAGUUACUUCUGUCGAGGUGGACCGAAUCCUGUAGCAAUGUAUGUUUUUGUAUUUAGAGUGUUGGAAAACUGCAAACACUAACAGUGGGAUCCUAGACUUCCAUAAGGCUGUGCACACGUGUUUUUUCUGACUGAAGGGAAAAAUGUCAAUGUCAAAAUCUAUUUUAAGUCUGAAGUCGAACCCAUUGUUUUAUUGCCCAAAGGUAAACGUUGUUUAUUUUGUCAUUGCUAUUUUAGUGAUGUUCCAAACUCCCUUCUAUGACAUAAAUGUUGCAUACUUGUUGACAUGUGACUACUUGACUCUAAUAAACACCUUG